GUCUGGACACCGAGCGUUGAGGUUAAAAAUAUUGGGCUUCAUCAGAUUAUUUUCUAUAAAUAGUCAGAAAUAAUAAAAUCACAGCCCUGUUACUGAAAAGAACAAUUAUUUCAAGUGUAAACAUCAAUUUUUGAAGCAAUAACUUUUUCUUUGGGCUCUCCAUUUAUAAACACACGAAGUCAUGCGAUAACUCUCGUUUGUGGUAUAUUUGGUUGUGAAUUAGUGAUUAAUAAUGGCGAAGCAAUUGUCGAGCUACUGGGUAAAGUUUUUCACGAGUGCAGGAUUCCCCCUAGACGUGGCUACAAAGCAUGCGGUAGUAUUCUCCAACAAUCGAAUAAAGCCAGACAUGCUUCCCGACUUAGACAAGCCCAGUUUGAAAGAGAUGGGCAUAACUCUAAUGGGUGACAUGAUAGCAAUCCUCCGUUACGCAAAAAAAGUUUCUGAGGAGAUGACGUGCGAGCGGUUCCUGGUGGAAACGAAGGCUAGCAUAACUCCCUCGCAGAAAAUCUUGAAAGCCACAAAGCCACUAGUUAAGAAGCCCUUAGUGAUAUCAAAGGUGUCAGCAAUGAAUAGCAAAGUCCUCAGCAAAGAGCCGGCGAAGGCCCUGAGUGUCACUAGUUCACUGCCAACGAGUUCUGUACAAAAGCGAAAAGUUAGCAGCGCUGUUCCUCAGGAACCACAAGUUAAGAAGCGAAAGAUUGUGAAACAAGUCGAAGCAAUGGACAGUGACAGUCAGGAGGAGUGGGCGAUGCAGAUUCAGAAGAGACUGAAGGCAAGUGGUAAUGGUACAGCUCCCAAAGCUUCUCCAAAGCCGUCAGUUAAGCCUGAAAGUGUCAAGAAGACCUUUGAACUAAAGAGAACUGUCUUCGACAGACUUGGGGACAGCUCUGUCACCAGCACUACCAACACCGCAAACGCCAGCGACACCAAUCCCACUUUCAACAUUACCGGACUUGGGGACGUCCUCAAGAGGAAUUCCAGUGUUUUUCAUCGACUUGGUGACAAGGAUGGCAAGCGAGAGGAGAAGUCGGCGGGUAUUUUGAAGAAUGGCUUGGCUGGGGGAAAUGGCCAGCUCCAGGGGAUUCUCAAGAGCAAAGCCCCCAACCUGAGGGCUACCAUGGUCAGGUUAAAAACUAUCUCCAGUCCUAAUAUGGUUGGUGGGGGGACUAUGCAUGCUGAUCAUGAGAGGAGCAAAACCAGUGUCUCGACGAGUGUCAAACAGCUUGUCAAGACGACCAAGGCUAUGAAACUGGGGGGACAGAUGAAGGUCGAGAGAAAGAUUAAUAUUAGGAGUAAAUUAGCGUCCGAAUCGCAUUCAGUGCCAGCGAAGGCUCGGUUGGGUACAACAAGCCAGAAGCAAGUGACAUUCAACAGAGUAACAACAGUAAAACACAUAAAGAAACCUGGAGUAUUCAGUAGACUUGGAAUUUGAGUGCUCAAAAGUAAAUGCUUCUUUUACGGGUUUUCUAAGCUGUCGAUUGUCCUUAAUAAAUGGAUGAGAGAACGCCUGGAGGAAUUUAUUUUCAUACGAAAAUCAUGUUCAUCUUUUCACGUGUUUCAUUUACAGAAUUACUUUCUCCGGAGAUAUAUUUUACUUGAAAUUUUUGAUAUUUGUACAUAACAAUUCUAUACUUCUGGAUUAAUUCUUUAAGACUCAUCUGAUCACGUUCAUUUCACUCAGAUUGUAUGACUAAAAUGUAGACUAUAAUCUAGGGUUAAAUAAAAUUGAAAUCUGUUCUUCA